AUGGCAUCUAAAGAACCAACUAUUGUCUUCAUAACAUAUUUCAUAUCUGUUUAUGUGGGUUAUUUCAAUGUAAUUAAUGGUUUGAUUGGAAACAUUAUCAAUAUUCUUGUUUUUACUCAAUUAAAAUUAUUUCAACGAAAUCAAUCAGCAUUUUAUCUUACGGUUGCAUCUAUUGUUGAUUCUUGCCAAUUAAUUUUUGCAAUUGCUACUCGUAUUACUGUAACUGCUUUUGGCUUUGAUUUAACACGAACGUCUCUUAUUUGGUGUAAACUUCGAGCAUAUCUCAUUCGAUCCACACGAAUUAUUUCAAUAGCCACUAUUUGUUUGGCAGCUAUUGAUCAAUAUUUAUCGACCAAUUAUCAUGUUCAAUUAAGACAAAUGAGUACAUUCAAAUCAGCUCAAUUUCUUAUUAGUAUUCUUAUUAUAUUUUCAUUUCUAUAUUGUAUUCCUUUUUUGAUAUUUCAUGAAACUCGUCGAUAUUCGAAUUGUGCAAUAUUUCAUCGAACAUUCAAUUACUUUUAUUCAUUUGCUCAUUACUUUAUGUUACUUGGUAUCUUACCAAUCUUUAUUUCAUCAUUAUUUAGUUUACUUGCUUAUCGAAAUGUACGUCGUAUAAUUAGACGUCAAAUGGCAAUAGUUCGUCGACGUCUUGAUCGUCAAUUAACUGCAAUGAUUCUCCUACGAGUUGCUUUGUUUGUUAUUACAACUUUACCUUACAUUAGCUUUCGUAUAUAUCAAAUCAAUACUUCUGUCAGCCACAAUCAUACAGAUGCUGUGGGAAUUAUGGGAUUGAUCAAUGUCAUUUUAAUUACAAUCUACAACAUAGAUUAUUCGGUAUUUAAGUAUUGA